UGCGAGUUUUUUAAAAUGAACUUCCCAACUAUAACAAUACUUCCAUCUGACAGCAAUUACACUGCCGAGAACGAGGUAUCAUGGAAUGCGGGAGCCUGGCUCGGUCCUGCUUGCGUCCUCGUCCCAUCCAAUGCCGAGCAAAUGUCCUGCGCAGUCAAGAACCUCGUGAAGCUCAAAACACCAUUCGCCAUGCGAGGAGGCGGGCACAUGCCCAUCGCUGAUGCAGCUAACAUCAACUCAACCGGUAUCCUGAUAUCAAGCACGAACCUUCAAACGUUGGAACUGUCUGAAGACCAAAGCACGUUGUCUAUUGGACCUGGCAAGAGAUGGGGUGACGCAUAUAUCUACUUGAACGAGACGCAGACAGGGAAAAUGGUUGUGGGUGGACGCUAUGCACCCGUCGGAGUCCCUGGUUAUCUCCUUGGGGGUGGGAUGUCAUUCUUCAGUUACGAAUAUGGAUUUUCAUCGACCAACGGCAACGUAAAAUCCUUCAACCAGUGCGUAUUAGGAGACGGAACAAUAGCCAAAGUAACAGCAGACGGCGAAUACGCCGAUCUCUUCUGGGCUCUCCAGGGCGGAGGGAACUCUUUCUGCCUCCUCACCAGCUUCGACCUCCGAACAUUCGACAGCCCCUCCGUCAUGCUCGCCAACCCCUCAUACGGCUUCGGCAGCACAACCAAAGACCAAUUCCUCACCAGCCUCCUUAACUACGUCCUCAACGGCUCCUCCGACCCAAAAGCAACCAUCAUCCCCGUGGUGCGUUACGGAGUUGGCUUCGACCCUGCUAUCGGGCCCCGUUACGAUGCUAUCCUCUUCUACAAUGGCAACGCCAGCACGCCCACCAUAUUCUCUGACUUCCAGGGCGGGCUGCUCCCUGGAAGUGACCUGACAAACUUCACUUCCACCACUAUGGCCGCGUUCUCCGAAGCCGUGCUCCCAGCCUUUCAAUCAGGGGGGGAGAGUUACGGUCUCCAGCAACGCUUCCACGUCGUUUCCCACGCUGCAACAAGAGAAGCGAUGGAUAUCGUACAUGACACUUUCUUCGACGGCAUAGCCUCGUACAAUCUCGCAAAUAAAACUGGUUUCAUCGUGGGAUUAGCUUGGAAUGCCAUCACCACGCAAUUCAUCAACGCUUCGAACUCGGGAAUCGGGUGUCCUCAGGGUAUUGACGAAGAGCCUGUCUUCUGGGUGGAGGAGGCGCUUAGCUGGGGAGAUGCUGCGGAUAAUGCUCUUAUUGAGGAAUUUGUGGUUGCGGUAAAUGCGAAUAUCACGGCUCAGCUUGCGGCUAUUAAUGCUACGAGGGCGUAUAAUUAUUUGAACGAUGCGGAUCAGGACCAGAAUGUGUUUGGGGGGUAUCCGGCUGCUAAUGUGGAGAGAUUGAAGAGGAUUAGGGAUAAGUAUGAUCCCGAGAGGGUGUUUACGGAUUUGAUGCCCGGCGGAUGGAAGGUUGCUCAUGCGUAGUUGUC